AUGUUACAGACGGCACACAUUAGCAGGAUUGUAAGCGAAAAUCAGACAGAUGUCGUCUUGCAAGUCUUUGCGGAUCGUAUCAUAAUCCUCGUCACCCAACUCGGAAAGGUCGGAAACCUGAUACAAGCGACAAUCCCUUCAACUACCCCUCUCCAACCUGCGCCACCCCCAGACACAUCGGGUCCGAACUUUGACCACCACCCCCUUCCCCUUCCUCCGCCAUCUAUCGAACUUACACCGAUUCUCGGACAAGCACCCUCACCUGAGAUGCAGUCCCUGUAUUCCCUCUAUGCGUCUCAGAUAGCGACCAUUGUAUGGCUCACAGAGUCUGAAGGCUUGCUAGGCGUAUCUCAUCGAGGUGUCAUCGUUGGGAUCGCGCUGAAAAAGAGGUCUGGAGGCCCAGGGGUGAGAGCAGAGGACACAGAGACUUUCCGCAGUGUGAUGGACAUGGUUUAUGAGGUGGUACAACAAAAAUGA